GAUCGCAAUACGAAGUCAAAUGCGUAGUCGAUUGCGCACACGGUGCUGAGGGUGGGGCAACGGGGAGGGACAGUGUCGAGUGCUGAGAGUGCGACGACGGAAGCAAACGCGCCUGUGGCUCUGUCCUUUGUGCUUGGGCGUCUAACUGAUCGCGAUAUGCCGGGAGGCCUGUACUACGCCCUUAUCGUCCUCGCUGAUCCCACGAUCGUCGUUCCGCUUCCACAAUACUUCCAAGCUGCGAGCAGCAUUGUCUCUAGAUUAUCAACACCGUCCAAGUCUCCUGACGCCAUGGUCAAGUGCGAUGGCUUGUGGACGCAACUGUUUGAAAUCAAUGUCAGUGCGUCGGACGACGUACUGGUCGUUUCUCUAAUUUGCUGUACAGCCUAGAGAAUCUCGUACAUCUGCACAGUACGUCAUCCGUUCGCUGCACGCAAGAGCAUGAUCGUCCACAGCGAUCUCAAGGGUACAUACUAUAUUUCGGCGGGGAUCGCAUAACAUUGCCUCCACGAUCCAUCGCGUGAUCAUUAUCUUCGCCCUGCCAGGAAUAUUGCACGAUUGGCAGCACUACGACGACGAGGUGCACAUUGCUACCAUCCAUGAGCCCAUAUGAUCAUUUUCAUAGCCAGAUCGCAUGACAUUGCGAGUCGGUCGUUCGGAGAGCACGCUGUAUAAUCUAGUCUCCGUUGCCGACCAUAAAAGAACGACAAGCGCGUUUAUGAGGUAUAUAUAUAAUCCUGGAUAC